CCUCACCGAUCUCUCUAAACCCAAAUACGCAACAAAUACUCAAUCGUCACAUCUUAAAAAACAAAGAAAAAGGAAGAGAGAGAGAGAGGGAAAACAAAAAAGAAAAGAAAAAUCAAUUCCCAACCUUGCUGCUACAAAUGCCUCAGGCUUAGCAACUCGACCUCCUCCCCCCUUCUCCCCUUCCUCCCUUCUUUGACUUCCCCUUUCCUCCUCCGUGCGCACGCUCUCCUGAUUCAUACAGCAUUUCGUCGGGGAUGACGUCGACGGCGUACUCCCGGCCGUCGAAGCUGCCGGGCGGCGGCAACGGCAGCGACCGCAGGCUGCCGCCGCGGCUGAUGAGGGGCCUCACCACCAAGAUCGAGCCCAAGAAGCUCGGCGUCGGCCUCCUCGCCGGCUGCUGCCUCGCGCUCCUCACCUACGUCUCCCUUGCCAAGCUCUUCGCAAUCUACUCCCCUGUGUUCGCCAGCACAGCCAACACAUCCGCUCUGAUGCAGAACUCGCCGCCAUCCUCGCCGGAGACGGGACCCAUUCCGCCCCAAGAAACUGCAGCUGGCGCCGGAAACAAUGACAGCACUGUGGACCCCGUCGAUCUCCCUGAGGACAAGUCGCUGGUGGAGGCGCAGCCUCAAGAACCCGGCUUCCCCUCGGCGGAAUCUCAGGAGCCUGGCUUGCCGGCGGCGCUCUCGAGGAAGGAGGAUGAUGCGGAGAGGGCGGCGGCGGCGGCGGCCUCGGAGAUAAAGCAAUCCGAGAAGAAGAACGGCGUGGCGGCGGGUGGUGAUACCAAGAUAAAGUGCGACGAGAACGGCGUGGACGAGGGCUUCCCGUACGCGCGGCCGUCGGUUUGCGAGCUGUACGGCGACGUCCGCGUCAGCCCCAAGCAGAAGACCAUUUACGUCGUGAACCCGUCGGGCGCCGGCGGCUUCGACGAGAACGGCGAGAAGCGGCUCCGGCCCUACGCCCGCAAGGACGAUUUCCUCCUCCCGGGCGUGGUGGAGGUGACUAUCAAGUCCGUGCCCUCCGAGGCGGCGGCCCCCAAGUGCACGAAGCAGCACGCCGUCCCCGCCGUGGUGUUCUCCGUGGCCGGGUACACGGACAACUUCUUCCACGACAUGACCGAUGCCAUGAUCCCGCUAUUCCUGACGACGGCGCACCUCAAGGGCGAGGUCCAGAUCCUCAUCACCAACUACAAGCCGUGGUGGGUGCAGAAGUACACGCCGCUGCUCCGCAAGCUGUCCAACUACGACGUCAUCAACUUCGACGAGGACGCCGGCGUGCACUGCUUCCCGCAGGGGUACCUCGGUCUGUACCGCGACCGCGACCUCAUCAUCUCCCCGCACCCGACCCGCAACCCGCGCAACUACACCAUGGUGGACUACAACCGCUUCCUCCGCGACGCUCUGGAGCUCCGGCGCGACCGCCCGUCGGUGCUGGGCGAGGAGCCCGGGAUGCGGCCGCGGAUGCUGAUCAUCUCCCGCGCCGGCACGCGCAAGCUGCUGAACCUCGAGGAGGUGGCCGCGGCCGCGACGGAGCUUGGUUUCAACGUGACGGUGGCGGAGGCCGGUGCUGACGUGCCCGCGUUCGCGGCGCUGGUGAACUCGGCGGACGUGCUGCUGGCCGUGCACGGCGCCGGGCUGACGAACCAGAUCUUCCUCCCGGCGGAGGCCGUGGUGGUGCAGAUCGUGCCGUGGGGGAACAUGGACUGGAUGGCGACCAACUUUUACGGGCAGCCGGCGAGGGACAUGCAGCUCCGGUACGUGGAGUACUACGUCGGCGAGGAGGAGACGAGCCUGAAGCACAACUACUCGCGAGAUCACAUGGUGUUCAAGGACCCCAAGGCGCUCCACGCACAGGGAUGGCAGACACUCGCCGCGACUAUCAUGAAGCAGGACGUCGAGGUCAACCUCACCAGGUUCCGGCCAAUCCUGCUGCAGGCGCUCGACAGGCUGCAGCAGUAACUCGUCUAUCCCAAUAAUCGCAGGCAGCUCAUGGCACACAUCAAUGUAUAUGCCGGGACGAGACGACACGACGAGGAACAAGAACGGAUACUAGUAUAUUGUACUGCUGCUUGAAAGAGAUGAUGAUGAUCUUAACCGGAGGAGAACCAUCAGUUGUUGGCGAGGCGGUGGAAGCUUUUCGCAUAUUGGUAAUUGGUUGGGUUGUCCAUUUUGGGUUUGUAACAAUUUGCAUAGGCAUUACACACCAAAGAUGUUCGAUUUUUUUGUUCUUCUUACACUUCUUCACUUCGCCAGCCCAUUCAACACUAUACAUUCUUUUCUACUAAUACGGAGCCAAACUAAA